AUGGGAGUCGCCAAAAGAACACGCAAAUUUGGCCAUGUCAAGAAGAUAAUUGGGCAAAAGGACAUCCGAUUAAAGCAGAACCAAGCGAAGGCCGAAGAAAAGAAAAAAGCCGACAAUGUUGUCCGCGAAAUACCUCAAGCGCCAUCUGCGCUCUUCUUCCAGUUCAAUACCUCGCUCGCCCCGCCGUACUCCAUCUUGGUCGACACCAACUUCUUGUCCCACACCGUGCAGCAUAAACUUGAUGUAAUCCCGAGCAUGAUGGACUGUCUCUUUGCAAAGUGUAUUCCGAUUAUCACGGACUGUGUCCUGGCGGAACUGGAGAAGCUAGGGCCGAAAUACCGACUUGCCCUGCGGAUAGCGAAGGACCCUCGUUUUGAAAGAGUGAAAUGCGACCAUAGUGGGACAUACGCCGAUGACUGCAUCGUCGAUCGUGUUAUAAAGCACCGAAUUUAUAUCGUUGCGACUAACGAUCGCGACUUGAAGAGACGAAUCAGGAAAAUCCCAGGUGUGCCGGUUAUGAGCGUUGCUCGAGCUAAGUAUGUCAUCGAAAGGCUUCCUGAUGCUCCAGAAAAGUGA